UAAGAACUCGCUAUUGAAGACCUGGCGGUUUGUAUUAAAAUUGCUGGCUUCACUGCACAAUAGUGUGUUUAACUCUUCCCCUGUUUUAUUUUAAAGAAACUGACCAGGGACACUGCGGUUUUUCUCCCCAGUUACAGAUAUGAGGCUGUAUUUGUUUCUGGCUGUCACUCUGAUGACCCUUCUCACGGAGGUGGUACAAGGGGCCGAGAAAAAGAAACUCCAAAUCGGUAUAAAGAAAAGAGUGGAGAAUUGUCCCAUUAAAUCCCGGAAGGGGGACGUACUCAACAUGCACUACACCGGAAAGCUGGAGGACGGGACUGAAUUUGACAGCAGCAUACCGAGGAAUCAACCCUUCACCUUCACCCUGGGAACUGGACAAGUGAUCAAGGGCUGGGACCAGGGGCUGUUAGGGAUGUGUGAGGGAGAGAAAAGGAAGCUGGUCAUCCCAUCUGAGCUCGGUUAUGGUGACCGAGGAGCCCCACCUAAAAUCCCAGGUGGAGCCACACUCAUCUUCGAAGUGGAGCUGUUAAGCAUUGAGAGAAGAUCUGAUUUAUAACGCACAGAAUCCGAAGCUUUAAUCUGUACCUGCACUGAGGACAGCCAAUCACUGCUGCUCUGGAGAUUUGGUUUAAUAAAGAUGAAAAGUCACACUUGUGUACACGUGAAAAUCAAUAAAACGAGUUAAACAAAUAACAAAACACAAUCUCUGUUGGAGCCAGGAUUGUUUUCAGCACCAUUCUUUAUUUUCUUAACAAUCUUACUACACACACUUGGAUGUGAGAGUGCAUACAGUACAGUAUAUCAUUCCAGCAAACAGGGAUUGUGUUUACUUCUUAUUGUCCAGAACGUUUGGUUGGAGUUGAAUUGUUGAGUGGAAUAAAAAUUUUAUGUACAAAAAA